UUUACGGCAGCGAAAGUUGAAGCUGAUUGGACGGUUUGUGCCGUAAACCGUGUCGGUAACAGAACGCAUGGGACAGCGCUGUGGCAGCGUGUGUGUGCAUUUGAAAUGAUGGAGGCCAAAUCCAAAAAACCAUUUUCUCCUAAAGGUGGAAAGAAGCAGAAGCUGACACAGAAAGGAAAAGAUUCCAUAGGGACCAAACUUGGUGGAAAACCAGGUGGAAAGCCAGGCGGUAAGAAGCCCUUCAAACCGUAUAACAACACAGAGAGGAAGGGCAGACCGGGGAAGGGAAGAGAUGGUGGCAAGAAAGAACAGAAAUUUGCUUUCUCCAAAACCGGGAAGGGGCAGAAGAAGAGGAAAAUGCCACAAGAUGAAGAAGAGGGUGGAGGUCCAGGGGCCAAGAGGAUGAAGAAAGGUGAGUUUAAGCCAAAGAACAAGGAGCUGACGGAGGAGGAGCUGAAUAAGAACCGGCAGCAGAGGAAGAAGGACCUGAAGAAGAGCAGACAGCAGGCGGAGAGGAAGGACAUGUUCCAGAUCAUCUGUCAGUCCAAACAAGUGUGGGGAGACCUCAGGAGGAAGAAUUGUGACAACGACUUGAAGAAGAAACUUAUGAAGGACCUUCAUGAUCUGAUCCGUGGGAAAAUCAAACAGAUGGCGUUUGCUCAUGACUCGGUGCGAGUGCUGCAGUGUUUCAUCCAGUUCGGCAACCACGAGCAGAGACAGGAAGUGUUUGAUGAACUUAAAGAUGACGUCAUCGGUUUGUGUAAGUCCCAGUAUGGCAAACACGUGGUGAAAAAACUGCUGAUGUACGGGAACAAGGAGCUCUUGGCGGCUGUGAUGCAAACAUUUAAAGGUCACGUGCGCCCGAUGCUUCGCCACGCCGCCGCCUCGUCCAUCAUCGAGUACGCCUACAACGACAAAGCUGUGCUCGCACAGAGACUCAUGCUCACUGAGGAGCUGUACGGGAACACCUUCACCAUCUGCAAGUCAACAGUGUGUAACACCAUAGAGAAAGUCGCAGAGAUGAACCCAGACAAGCUGAACAACAUCAUCGAUGAGAUGAAGCAGAUUCUCACACCCAUGGCCCAGAAGGAACAGGUGAUCAAACACUCUCUGGUCCACAAAGUCUUCCUGGACUUCUUCCUGUUCGCACCUGACAAACAGAGAACGGAGAUGAUCGAGUCCAUCAGAGAGUCAGUCGUCUACAUGGCUCACACACACGACGGCGCCCGAGUGGCAAUGCACUGUCUGUGGCACGGGGCAGCCAAGGACAGAAAAGUCAUCAUCAAAACUAUGAAGACGUACAUGGUGAAGUUUGCCACGGGGGAGUUCGGUCACCUGGUUCUUCUGGCCAUAUUCGACUGUGUGGACGACACCAAGCUGGUCAAACAGGCCGUGCUCUCAGAGAUCCUGUCGUCUCUGGACGAGGUCAUCAGUAACAAAUACGGGAAGAAGGUUCUGCUGUACCUGCUGAGCCCCAGAGACCCGGCUCACCUGCUGCCAGAGAUCAUCAAGGUGUUGGAGCGAGGAGACGGAAACGCACACAGUAAAAAGGACGCGGCCCUUCGGAGGAAAGAGCUGCUGGAAGUCGUCUCCCCCCCGCUGCUCGAGUAUCUCCGUGACAACGCUGCCACCAUGGUGAUGGACAAGGCCACCAGCGUCACCGUUAGCGACAUCUUGGCGUCAGCCUGCGGGGACCUGCGGCCCGCCAUGACAGCUGUGGCUCAGCUGGCCAAUCAGGAGUUAGUGCCGGGAGGGAUCAAUGGACAGCUUCACAUGGCCGAGCACCCAGCAGGACACCUGGUGCUCAAAUGGCUCAUAGAGCAGGACAUGACACUGUCAGAGGCAGGCAAGGAAGAGCGUUUUGGCAGGAUACUGGUGGACACGGUGGGGACAGACAAACUGAAGAGCUGGGUGAAAGCCAACAGAGGAGCCAUGGUGCUCUGCAGCCUCCUGAACAGCUGUGACAAGUCUGUGGCCACAGAGGUGAAGGAGACGCUGAAGUCCAUCACAUCAGAGCUCAGCAGUAUCAGCAACAACAAAGGAGCUGAAAUCCUGCUGGAGAAUCUGAACAAGUAGAGACUUUUUUUUAAAAUUCAAACAAACUGGUGACAUUAAACACAUCACCUCCCGCGCAGCAGUGAGUGUUUGUCCAGCAAACACCUACAGGACUGAGUGUGUUUGUAGCUGUGGAUGGGAACGUUCUCAGGAAGUGGAUACAACCUGGAACACUGUCAUUUCAGUCGUUGAUGGAAAAAUGGAUUGUGUUUGUGUCAAUAAUGAAAUGUGAUGCUGCAAGAAAAACAGGUUCAAAUACACAAAUUCUCAAAUAAUUCAGAAACAUAUCUCAAACCUGGACAAAUAAAACCAGAAAUAUCUGCAUGUCUUGAUAGAACCUAAAGGUUAUUUGGUAAACAGGCCCUUUAACAAGGACUAGUGAACACAGGGGCUGUCGGUGAAUACACACAGCAGGAACUACUUUCUGUCCAGUUUUGAUUCUUACUGCCAUCCUCAGUUUCUUUUUUUUUUUUGUAAUAUUUUGUACUUUGUGAACAAUAAUUGUAUCAGAGGAAAAGAAUGUUUGCAAAAUAAAGAUUAUUGUGAUUGAUAUUA